AUGAAGAUUCUUCUCUUUUCUUUUAUUUUGUUCUUCUUUGGUGUCUUCAUGCUAUCAGCUUCAAGAAAAGUGGACCCUUUUGCCUUUAAUCGUUCAGAGAUAUGUGUACUGCUAAGUGGUCAAUGUAAAAGGCAGUGUGGUGAAAAAGAAUUUAGGAUGGUAUAUUGUGUAAUACCUACAGUUUUCUGUUGCAUAAGAGAAUGUGAACCUUAUGAGUACUAUUAA